UAAAGUUGCUGCCGUUUGAAUUCUCCAUUUGCCAAGAUGGCGGAUUAUGAUCUAACGAUGCGGAUCGCUAAUUUCCUGGAUCGGCACCUGGUCUUCCCGCUGCUCGAGUUCCUGUCAGUUAAAGAGAUUUACAAUGAAAAGGAACUCCUGCAAGGGAAACUGGAUCUUCUUAGUGACACGAACAUGGUUGACUUUGCUAUGGAUGUGUACAAAAACCUCUAUCCUGAUAAGGAAAUUCCACAAGCCUUACGAGAGAAGCGAACGACUGUUGUUGCUCAGCUGAAACAGCUUCAAUCAGAAACUGAACCAAUUGUCAAGAUGUUUGAGGAUCCAGAAACAACAAGGCAAAUGCAAUCAACCAGGGACGGACGCAUGUUGUUUGAUUAUCUAGCAGAUAAGCAUGGAUUUCGUCAAGAAUAUUUGGACACCUUAUACCGAUAUGCUAAAUUCCAGUAUGAAUGUGGCAAUUAUUCUGGUGCAGCAGAAUAUCUCUACUUUUUCAGAGUUCUGGUUCCUUCGACAGACCGGAAUGCCCUGAGUUCACUCUGGGGCAAGCUAGCAUCAGAAAUUCUGAUGCAGAACUGGGAAGCUGCUAUGGAGGACCUAACACGACUCAAGGAAACCAUUGAUAACAAUUCCGUCAGUUCACCACUCCAAUCCCUUCAGCAGAGGACAUGGUUAAUCCACUGGUCUCUGUUUGUAUUCUUCAAUCACCCUAAAGGCAGAGACAAUAUCAUUGACCUCUUCCUUUACCAGGCACAAUAUUUAAACGCCAUCCAGACUAUGUGUCCACACAUCCUCCGUUACCUGACCACAGCUGUCAUCACGAACAAGGACGUGCGAAAACGUAGACAGGUCCUAAAGGACUUGGUGAAGGUCAUCCAGCAAGAAUCUUAUACUUACAAGGACCCCAUCACAGAGUUUGUGGAAUGCCUAUACGUGAAUUUUGAUUUUGAUGGUGCUCAGAAGAAGCUGCGUGAGUGUGAGUCGGUGCUUGUGAAUGACUUUUUCUUGGUGGCCUGCCUCGAGGACUUUAUCGAGAAUGCCCGACUCUUCAUCUUCGAGACAUUUUGCCGCAUUCAUCAGUGCAUUAGCAUUAGCAUGCUUGCAGAGAAACUAAAUAUGACUCCUGAAGAAGCAGAGAGAUGGAUUGUCAACCUAAUUCGAAAUGCAAGGCUGGAUGCAAAAAUAGAUUCAAAACUGGGGCAUGUCGUCAUGGGAAACAACGCUGUGUCCCCUUAUCAGCAGGUCAUUGAGAAAACAAAGAGCCUCUCUUUUCGGAGUCAGAUGUUAGCCAUGAACAUAGAAAAGAAAAUGAAUCAAAACAAUAGGACAGAGGCUCCUAACUGGACCACUACAGACUCUGGUUUUUACUGACAAGAACUACAGAAAUGCGAGCAGAUUGAAGUUUCCAUCAGUGCUGAGUCGUUUGACAUUCAUCUUUAACAAUAAAAUUUUUUAAGUGCAAGACAUUAUUGUCAUGUUUUGAAGUCCAUAUAAGUGGGAAAAAAAUAAAAUGUUAACUUUUAAACA